CAUCACCUCAUAUGCACUACCGUUCCCCUUCCGUGCCUCGUCGCUAAUGGCACUCAUCCCGCAACUCCGCUCCGCGUCUCGGAGAGUCGUUGCAGGCGAGGACGCUGUCUUGACCCGAGCCUGGCUUUCCUUGAGAUCCGUUUCCUCUUCCACCUCCACGUUCCAUCUCUUCCGGUCGUCAGCCAGCCAAGCCCAUUCGCUCAGCACAGUAGCGAAAUCGGAGAGCACAGCAGCAGCGCAGGAGGCGGCACGCAGUGCAGAGGUGAGCAAUGCCGCUCAGGGAGCGACAGCUGCCGCGGCUACUGCUGCCCCAGCGUUAGGGGGGUUGGGGAAGGGGGUUGUAGCUGAUGCAGCAUCAGCAGCACCACCACAGGCAGCAGCUGCAACAUCAGUUACACCAGCAGCAACAGAAGCAUCAGAAGCAGCAGCAGCGACAGUGGCAAGAGCAGCAGCGGAACCUCCAUCAUCUGACCCUGCUGCUGCUCUUGCUUUCUUCUCUGGCGCUGCUGUAGUGGGAGUGACUGCUUGGGAUGUGUAUUGGGCCUCAAGGCCCAAGAAGAAAGUGAAGGAUGAAGAGGAUGAGGAAGAUGAUGAGGACUGACAAUAAAAGGCUUGCACAUGUGCUGUAUUGUGUGUGCAUUAGAAUAUAACCUCUUCCACAUUAUAUUUACCAUGGAUUUGGUGUGGUCCCCUUAU